UUUAUACAUCUACAUGACCGCUAAGUAAAGUCCGUUUUGAUAGAUUGAUAAUUAGAUCGAAACAGUUUUUUUUCCCUUUUCAAGAUCGACCGAUGCCUCGUCCGGUCGAGACACUAGAUAUAGCUCUUCCAACAGACCACCCGCUCAAACGGCCUGUGUCGAAUCGGAACAAGCAAACCGCCCAACGUAUCUAUCAACUUUGGAAUAUCUGGCCCUGGCAGCUCUUCCCGGCCAACUCUCCUCACCUACCUACCAUAUGGACCGAUAAUCUACUUGACAAGCUAAAGACUAUCGCCCUCUGCACCACUCUUCCGCAUGCUCGACAACUACUGAGCGCCAACGUUCCCGAUGGACAGCCCCUUUCGCUUGCCAUUCUCAACGCAGUCAUCGACGAAUGUAAGGAAGGAUCCGACACACCAGAAAACCCCGCCAUGAGAAAUAGGAAGAGAAAGCAAAGACGUGCUGCUGCUGCUGAGCGGCAGAGGCUUGGUGAACAGCAAGCCGAACGAGGGUCGAGCGAAGGUCAAGAAGACAACGACGAAGAGGACGAUCCGAGCAUAUACGAGCCUGACAACGACCAACAAGAUAAUCAAUCAAGUCGACAACCCCGGCCUCUGUUCUCGCCUACCCGCCGUCUCCGAGGACGUAGCCUAGCUACCGGGUACAGCAUGGCUAACGAACCGGGGUCACCUAUGACUAAACGACAGAAACGCCGUCACUACUCAUCUAUGCCGCUCCACUUCUCAUACGCAACACCCCCCGAAUCUGCGCCCAACUCCGGUCCCAACUCGGAACGGCACCCUUCCCAACCAAACCCUCGUUUCCGUUUCGAGGAAGGCAUGCUACCCACACCUUCUUCGGAUGGCGUAGCCACUUACAUCGAGUCGGUCGUCCUCCGGCUGGCCAGCGUCUUUCAGGGCCAGCGCCAUAACUGCGAGCGGGCGGUCGAGGAGACCAGGUCGCAACUUGGCACUGUCAAAGGUCGAUUGGAAUCCUUAGAGGACCAACUAUCUGCCGUGAAGAGUGACAUAGCCGAUAUAGAACGUCAAAGGGAAGAGAUGGAGAACACAUUCAAGGAUCUAGUCGCCAUAGAAAAGCAAGAGGAAGGGUUGGCUGCGCGACGACGAGAACUGCUGUCUCGCAGAACGUCGGGCUCGCGCGCACCAUCCGUAUUCCUACAAGAUGAACAGUCUCAAAUUCAAGCACCGCUCAACCGCGUCCGCGCGUCAGAGGAGCUACGAGGCGAUAUAAACGCCCUAAUCACUGACCAACUCCAACCCCUCCAAGAGCGCGAGGCGGCCCUAAAGACUGAUAUCACCAGCACCAAGGCCGAUCUAGCAGCUGCGCGAUCUAAGAUCGAAGCCUCGCUUAUGGAUCUAAGCGCUAAGUCAGACGAGAUGAUACGGUUCCGCGGAUUCUCGAACGAUAUGCAAGAUGCGCUGAUCCGGCGCGGCUUCGCAGAGCCUAUGUGGGAAUUGGGCCAGAAGAAUGUGGACGGGCGCGAACGCCCCAGUACGGCCUUCGCUCCGUAUUCGGCCUCUCAGCCCGUUACUGGUGGUGGCGAAUUCGAUUCUCCCCCAGAACGAAACCAUGACCAUGGGUUACGGUCUCUGCUUGUCGGAUUAGAUUCUACUGAUUCGCCCAAUUUGGAGAGCAGCCCUCUUCGCCCGCGAUCCGCAUGAGGGAGGUAUAAGGUACAAGGGGUUACGAGCCUCUUCUCAAGCCAGCCAUGUUUUACUAUAUCUAUGCUACCAUCUAGCCCAUUAUCAUUGUAUUAUGGUUGAUAUAACUUCUUCGGUCUAUCCCACUGUACGGUCUAUCGAAACAAGCUAGCAUACAUCAAGGGAUUUGAACAUUUACGAUAUUUAACUACUGGGUAUACAACAGGUGGUUCGGAUCUCAGGGGCAGGGGAAGGCAUGUCGGCGUAAAUUGUACAUAUACCCAACUAGAUACUCGGUCUAGAUAUCGCUAUUUCAACCAAAAUAGAGCAGUCAUUGAUCUUCUCUAUUCAUGCCCCUUUUGUCAUCUAUAUAUCGCAACUUACGCGGCCCCAGGGGUUGCUUUCAACUCAUGAUUAGCUGCCGACCGAUCAGUUUUCUACUCGCCUUUUUAUAAUGCAACCCAACUGCAGUAAAUUUCUCGGUUCCAAUUCGCGGCUCUUAUACUCCAACUACCG